CGCUACUUCGCAUAGAUAGGAGGAUAACGCCAGCGAGUGCCGGGCAGUACUUAAGUAGCCCUCUGCCAUUUACCUGUUACUCUGUGUGCGCAAGGAUGUCUAACUUUGGAUUUGACGAAAUUACUGCUGUGGCGCCUGAUGCCAUUUUCAAGCUGAACGGCUUGUACAACCAGGACGCAAGUCCCUACAAGGUAAACAUGAGUAUUGGCGCGUAUCGCGACGACUCUGGCAAACCAUGGAUUCUUCCUGCCGUUCAACGCGCUUCGAAGUUUGUUGAGGAGAGUCCUUCCUUCAAUCACGAAUACCUCCCCAUUGCCGGUCUUCUCAAGUUCACUCGGGGCGCUGCGAACAUUGUUUUUGGUGCCAAGUCGGAUGUGAUUACCCAAAACCACGUGUGCUCGGUACAAACAGUCUCGGGAACCGGUGCAAACGCUUUGGCUGCCGCUUUUAUUAGCAAAUUCUACGUGUCGAAGAAGAAGGCUAGCGUUUACAUCUCUAAUCCCACUUGGCCCGUUCACCGUACACUGUGGGAGAACGUUGGUGUGAAUGUCGAGACAUAUCCCUACUGGAACGCUGAGAAGCGUUCCUUUGACUUUGAGGGCAUGGUGAGCACGCUGAAGAACGCUCCCGAGGGAAGUAUUGUCAUUCUCCAUGCGUGUGCUCACAACCCUACCGGUAUGGACCCUACUCGUGAACAGUGGCAAGCUAUUUUUGAGACUUUGAUCGCCCGUAAGCAUCUCCCUGUGUUCGACAUUGCCUACCAAGGCUUUGCCAGCGGUGAUUUGGAGCGUGACGCUUGGGCUUUGAAUGCUUUCGCUAAGUAUGGCAUUGACUUUUUCGUAUGCCAAUCCUUUGCUAAAAAUAUGGGUCUGUACGGUGAGCGUACAGGUUGUAUGCACUACGUAUCUAAGGACGAGGCCACGAAGGAUGCCGUCUUCUCUCGUCUCAGCUUCUUGCAACGUAACACCAUUUCCAACCCUCCUGCUUAUGGUGCUCGUAUUGCUGCUGAGAUUAUGAACGAUGAUGCCCUGUACGAAGAGUGGCAGCGCGACCUUAAGACUAUGUCUUCACGUAUCAUCGAAAUGCGCAAGCGUCUUCGUGACGCUCUUGAGAAGCUUGGCACUCCCGGUACUUGGUCUCAUAUUACUGAACAAAUCGGUAUGUUCUCUUUCACCGGUCUUACUCCUGCUCAGGUCCAAUUUUGCCAAGAAAAGUAUCAUCUGUACUUCAGCGCCAAUGGAAGAAUCUCCAUGGCCGGACUCAACACUUCUAACGUUGAGUACGUCGCUAAGGCUUUUGAUCACGCUGUUCGCGAAGUUCAGUAAAAAGUGUGAUUAAAGGCGAUUGACAAAGAAGGCCAGCAAAUGCGGCCAACUAAAGUUUUGUUUUUUUGUGUAGGAUCACACACACCUUGCGAAAGCGAGUUUGAAUAUGAUUGAUAAUGAUGUUUUCACGAUA